AUGCCGAACCCCGAUCCAGAGAAAGAAACAGAUAGUUCCAAAGACAACAACAACCAAGCUCAAAAUCCAAACAUGCCUCGUGACCAGGACUGGGAUGACGAGAGCAACCCAUUCGUCGUCUUCCGGCGCUUCGCCGAUGAGCAGGUCUCUUCAUUACUCCAGUCCGUCACUGGUCUCCCAUCGAACAUAUCGCGCCCUCAAUCAGACAGAUGGACCAUAUUUAACGAAGACACCGGCUACGAGGAAAGGAAAUACCGGGAACGCAGCAGUGGCGACAAUACUGGGCAGCGCAAUUACGCGCGUGACCAAGGCGCAGAAGGACCUUCCUCAAGCGGCCAGGACAACAACAACGGAGGCAAUACAUCCGCACCAUCGCAACCUGGAAACACCGGCGACAGAAAUCCCCGGAAUACCAAUCAAGAAAGAAACAACACUCCCCGCAACGCGCACUCCGACUUCUUCGGCAUCGAGUCCGUUCUCGACCGAUUCGAGGAUCGAUUCUUCCCUUUCUCUCCCUCCUUCCUCCACCCCAGCAAUCGAUAUUUCUUUCCCGACAUGUUUGAAGACAGCAGCUCUCCCACCUGGCCCCUCACAUACCUCGCGUUUAGCCCAUACUCGCCUCUCUAUCUCGAACACCAAGCCCAUUAUCGCGCACAGAGGGACCAAGGCGUCUUCUCCUCUAUAAUGUCGUCUUUCCAACCAGAAUCGGACCGCGAUCCAAAUGAGCCGCAAUGGCGAGAGGCAUUUGAGGAUCUCAUCCGGCUAGAAAACGGCAAAUCAAUGCUCGACAACGAUACACUGCAAGCUGGCAAGACUGAGAAUGGAACAGAAUGGCUGCACGGCCUCGUGAAACGCGGCAGUCUGGGCGAUCGUUGGAAAUACUCAUCCGGUGGCUCGGAAAGCUCUCCUUGGUCUGGAAUCACUUUCACAGGUCACAGUAGUGAUAACAGCCGUGCCUUACCUGAACCGCGCCCCGAGACCGAAACCGAAAGCAAAAGGCGGCCCGAGUCGGAAAAUCAAGAGGCUGACACCGAAUUGGAUCUAUACGAACGUUUCUUGCGUGAUAUCGAGGAACGAGAGCAGCAGCUCCUACGGGGGGAAGUUGGAAGUCCACUCGUUCGCUUCCUCCUCGAAGAGCGCCGCCGAGAACAGCAACAGUCUCGCCAACAAGGAUCAUCACAAUACGAUGACGACCAAGGCACGGAGGAUACAGAGAGUUGGCUAGAUCUUGUCUCAGGCGGAAAUCGAAAAUCUGUCCCUGAAACACCGCCCGACUUGACUGAGACGAAGCAGGCGGGUAUCACGCAAGAACCUACGCCUGCGCGCGUUAUAUCGACCAUGUCUCGGACCGAACGGACUCGCUUGGCCGAUGGCUCUGUUGAAACUAAGAUUGUGAAGACAAAACGCUAUGCCGAUGGCCGUGAAGAAACGGAUGAAUCGGUUGAGGUGACGCAUCCACGUUCGAAUGAGGGCUCUGGCGGGUCGGAAAAUCAGUCAAGGGGUGGCGGCUGGUUCUGGAAGGACUAG